UCCGGUCUCAGGGAGCAGAGGUCUGUGAUAAGAAAACUUUAUUUCUCUGCUGCACGGCAUCCGGAACUUAAAGGGCUUAGCCUUGACCGACUUGAUGGUGGGAAGAGUUAGAGGGAAGGACAAGGAGAGAGGCGUGGCCGGGAGACUUCCGGGAGAGCGCUGGAAGUACGGUGUCCGACUCAGGCAGUCCCGCGCCGUCCUCCUCACUGUCGGGCUUGCGAGAGUCUGACGGGAACCGGGGGCGCCGGAGACCUGAGUCCAAGACGACUCCAUUGUCGUGACCGCCGGCAAGUCCUUUUUCUGGGCUUUCAUUGGCUCAGCUGCGAAGUGAGCCGUGGACGAGCCGAUCUCAGCGUCCAGCCUGGAGAGCGGGGUCUUUCAGGCAGCGCCCGUGGGAUUCGAGGGCCAGAGAGUCUAGAGAAGUUGAACAGCCAGGAAAUAACCAAGGCCUCUCCCCAUCCUCAAAACAGUCGUGCAUUCUGAGCCUGCCAUCCAAGAAACUCAGGAGGAGGAGUUGAUAGUCUCUGCAUCCCUCACCGCCCUGGGACAGGACCCAACAUGUCUCAGGCCACCAAGAGGAAGCAUGUGGUGAAGGAGGUGCUGGGGGAGCACAUGGUGCCCUCCGACCAGCAGCAGAUCGUGAGGGUACUCAGGACCCCAGGGAACAAUCUGCAUGAGGUGGAGACAGCCGAGGGGCAACGCUUCCUGGUGAGCAUGCCCUCCAAAUACCGCAAGAACAUCUGGAUCAAGAGAGGGGACUUUCUCAUCGUUGACCCUAUUGAAGAGGGAGAGAAGGUGAAGGCCGAGAUCUCCUUUGUGCUCUGCAAAGACCACGUGCGCUCUCUGCAGAAGGAGGGGCUCUGGCCUGAGGCCUUCUCCGAAGUGGCUGAGAAACACAACAACCGGAACAGACAGGCUCAGCCAGAACUCCCAGCUGAGCCACAGUCAUCAGGAGAAGAGUCCAGCUCUGAAGGUGAUGCUGACCUUUUUGUUAACACCAACCGCAGACAGUGUCAUGAGAGUGAGGAGGAGAGUGAAGAAGAGGAGACGGCCUGAGGCACCGGGACCCACUUCUCCUCCUGCUCAGGGACUAGUCCUGGGCUCCUCUGAGCUUGGACAUGCCCGGGAGCCUCUGUGGAUCUUUCCCCCUGGAUGGGGACAAGGCAGGGCCCUUCUCUGAACUGACUUUCUGACAUAGGAGAAUUAAACCCCUGGUGGGUGGUGACU